AUGACUACCACCAAUAACCCCAACCACCCCCCAGGGCCCUAUCCAAAAGGCGAACACAUUCUCCCCCCUCCGCGCCCCGUCUCCCCGGCAACCGCAUCGUACCGCCUCAACCAUCUAAUGCUGCGUAUCAAGGACCCAAAAAAGAGUCUGGAAUUCUACUGCGAUUGCAUGGGCAUGCACGUUGUCUUCAUCUUUGACGCUGGGCCAUGGACUAUAUACUACCUCGGGCCGCGAGACGUCGAAAUCGCAAACCUCGGUACAUCAAAAGGGCUCUUGGAACUCUACCAUAUCCCCGCUGACGCUUCGACGCCGUAUGCCUCUGGAAACGAGUACUCAGCUUCAGGCGUAGGCUUCGGCCAUGUUGGUUUCACGGUACCAGAUGUUGCUGCCACACUAGAGCGCGUGGCGAGCUUUGGCUUUGAAGUGAUUAAACCGCUAGGUGAGGCGGCGGAAGCCCAGAUGGGCUUACCAGGGGAUGUUGUCCAGGGGAAACAUGGAAGUGUGCAUGAUGGUUAUAAGCAUGUGUUUAAGCAACUGGCUUUUGUGAAAGACCCUGAUGGAUAUUGGGUCGAGCUUGUGCCGCAGAGUUUGAAGUGAUUUUGGACGUUGUCGAUAGAUUCA